UCAGAAACGUCGGCUUAUGUUGGUGCUACCUGUCAGCCUCCAUUCGGAUGCGGCGGCGGGGCGGGUGAGAACUCUAGAAAGGACCGAUGCAAACAACGUAUAUAACCUAGAAGAGGGAGAUCGCCAGAUGUGCACAUCAGGUAAUUUCUUUCAAGAUGUUGUCGUCUUUUCUCUCUGUGUUGCUGCUGGCGUUUUCUGUGGCCAGUACAGUGAAUGCUUCCCGCCUCCAUGUUCACGAUGAGUCCUUUACGCCGGAUUUCUAUCUUCGCGUCACGUAUGAAAAUCAUACUGUGGCAUGCCAACACCGCAUGUCGGUCCUGGUGAACGGCACGUCGCCAGGCCCGGAGCUUCGCCUUCCACCCGGCAAGACGAGCUGGGUGCGAGUCUGCAACGACAUGGACGCGUACAACACUACGAUGCACUGGCACGGUCUCACCCAACGCACUGCUCCCUUCAGCGACGGCUCGCCAGUCACGCAGUGGCCCAUUGCGCCACACCACUGCUUCGACUACGAGAUUCACCCUGAGCUGGAAGACUCCGGGACCUACUUCUACCACUCACACGUCGGAUUCCAGGCCAUGACUGCAUCGGGACCGCUGAUUGUCGAAGAUGCUGCAGCUCCUCCCUACGCGUACGAUGAGGAACGCGUAAUCUUUCUGCAGGAUUACUACAACCAAUCCGAUCACGUCAUCGAGCAUGGGCUGACAGCCACACCGUUCGUGUGGAGCGGAGAGGUAAAUGCAGUUCUUCUAAAUGGAGUGGGUAUUGCAAAUAGCGCUGGCCGUGAGGGCUGUGCACUGCCAGUCAUCGACGUCGAGCCCUGCAAGAAGUACAGGCUGCGAUUCGUGGGAGCAACGGCGAUCAGUAUGGUCUCUUUUGGCAUCGAGGGGCAUGCAGAUAUGCAUGUGAUUGCCGCUGAUGGACAUUACACGAAGCCUUAUCCUGUCGGGCACAUGCAGAUCACGUCCGGCCAGCGCUUUGACGUGCUCCUAACCACCAAGCCCACAGAGGAGAUUAGUGGUGAGAAUGGAAAGAGCGACUGGGCCAUCCAAUUCGAAACCAAAGACCGUCCUGCUACAUACACCGGCUUCGGCGUCUUACGCUACUCGAAUGCAGCCCCGAGCAUAACCAGCACCUCGCACAUCACCCCCCUGCAGCUUCCCAACAACACCUACGACUUCCUCGAAUACGCCCUCGAGCCCCUCGUCCCCAACGCCUUUCCCCUCGCCUCUGAAGUAACCCGCCGCGUCCACAUCACCAACCAGCAACUGCAGCAAUCCACCAUCAUCUGGCAACUCGAGGGGCUCAACUGGACCGAAGACAAAUCCUACGCCGCGCCCCCCUACCUCGUAGACAUCUACAAGAACGGCCCCGCCGCGAUGCCGAACUACACCGCGGCCCUCGCCAACGGCGGCUGGGACCCGCUCUCGCUCGCCUGGCCCGCCAAACUCGGCGAAGUCCUCGAGAUCGUGCUCGAAAACACGGGAUCCUCUGUGAAUGCAAACGGCGGCGUCGACUACCACCCGUUCCACCUGCACGGCGCGCACUACUACGACUGCGGCGCCGGCAACGGCACAUACGACGCAGCCGCCAACGAAGCGCGGCUCGCAAACUACAGUCCUGUGCUCAGAGACACGACGAACCUGUACCGCUACGCGGCCAAGACCGCGUCCGAAGAGCCCUCGGGCUGGCGCUGCUGGCGCUUGCGCGUCACAGAGCCCGGGUGCUGGAUGCUGCACUGCCAUGUCCUGCAGCACAUGAUCAUGGGGAUGCAGAGCGUGUGGGUCAUGGGCGAGUGGGAGGAGAUCGCACGCAUUCCGUAUUCGGGGGCCGCGGGGUAUUUGGAGUUUGGUGGGACGGCGGUGGGGGGCCAGGAUAUUACGCCUGUGGUGUGGCAUGAGUGGGACGAUGGGGAGGAGGAGGAGGGUGGGGAGUAGGGCAGAGUGCGGCGAGUGACCAAGUGUAGCGCGUGUGUACAAUCGGACUGGUUAACUGCUACGAUGUUUGUAGGCUGUUUGUAGGCUUAAUAAGUAAGGUUUCCGAGUAGCGAAAGCGUGGCGCGCAGCGUUGUCGUGCUUGGAUUCGCAGUGUGCGCGUUCUGAGUACGCUGCCCACGACUCAGACUGGCUUCGAAAACGCAUCUCAAAUUUCAAUUC